UUCGGCGCCUGCUUCUCCAUCCUUCCACGAACUACGGCACGAGGGAAGCACGCUGAUAAAUAAAUAAAUGGCAUAAUAAAUCUCUCCUCUAUCGACGAAAGCUGUGGAGGAAAACCAAGGAUCUCCCCGUGCUUGUGUAUGCCAGGUCGCCUGCUCUCCGUCCGCAUCCCGUCCCUCGCGAAGCUCGGCGCUCCCAGGUGUGCAAAAUUCAUGGCUUCAGACACUGGCAAGAAGCUCAUUCAGAUCGAUGUGAGCUCGGAUACAGUGUGCCCUUGGUGCUUCGUCGGUAAAAAGAACCUUGAGAAAGCAAUGGAGCAAAGCAAGGACAAGUUUGAUUUCGAGGUCCGUUGGCAUCCGUUCUUUCUGAACCCUGAUGCGCCUAAGGAGGGCGUCAGGAAAACUGACUUCUUCAGGGCGAAGUUUGGUCCUGUUCAAUAUGAGCGUGCAAUUUCUCGCAUGACUGAGAUAUUUCGAGGACUCGGGCUUGAAUAUGACAUGUCGGGGCUGACAGGGAAUACAAUGGAUAGUCAUAGGCUCAUAACACUUGCUGGACACCAAGGCUAUGACAAGCAAAAUGCUCUUGUUGAAGAAUUAUUCCUCAAUUACUUUUGCCAAGGAAAGUAUAUUGGUGACAAGCAGGUUUUGCUGGAUGCUGCAAGAAAGGUGGGCAUAGAAGGGGCCGAAGAACUUCUUGAAGAUCCCAGCAAAGGAGUCGACGAGGUUCAGGAAGAACUUAAGAAGUACUCAUCUGGCAUCUCCGGGGUCCCGCAUUUUGUGAUCAAUAAUAAAUAUCAACUCAGUGGUGGCCAGCCUCCAAAUGUAUUCAUGAGGGCGUUUGAGAUGGCUGCAAAAGAUGGAGCUUAAUGGUGUUUUAAAAGAGCUCCUCUAGUAGUCUUCACAUAUGUUCGAAAGGAAUAAGAGCAGAAUUUAAGAAUAAAGUUCCAGUUAUGGAACCAGUUGUAUUUCCAUAAUUUUGAUGUGGUGACAAUUAGUGGUGAAGAUGGUGUGGAUGUUCACUUUUGAAUAAAAAUCUAGGUGAUUGGAUAUGGCAUAUGGUUUAGAAUGUCCCAUAAAUAGAGCCCAGUCUGUACUUAUAUUUGAUUUGGCCAGUCUGUAUUUAUAUUUGAUUUGAUGGGAUGUGUGCAAGAUAUCAGAAACAGGAAAACUCAGAUUCGAUGUGUGAAAGGAAUAAAAAAACAAGCAUUUAAAUUGA